GAGCGCGGAUCCCUUUCUUACGGAAGUGUCCCUCGUCUCCGGACAGCAAAUUAGCGGGAAGCAGGCUACCAUUUCUCCCUGACUCUGACUUCUUUAACGCUGAGACGUGGCUGAGAGAGAUGUAAAGGAGGUGGCUUGGAGAGUCCCCGCCCAUGCGGAGCCUGCCCCUCUGAGCUCUGACCUUGUGGUCAGUGGCUUAGGCCGCGGGUGGACCUCACUGGUGCAUCUCUCCUUUAACUCGUGGUUUUCAUUCAUUUGUCCCUACUUCUACUUUCUGCGGGCCCAUUGGGCAUCAUGAAGCAGCUGCCCGUCUUGGAGCCUGGAGACAAGCCCAGGAAAGCCACAUGGUACACCCUGACUCUCCCUGGAGACAAGCCCUGCCCUCGUGUUGGUCACAGCUGCUCAUAUUUACCCCCAGUUGGUGAUGCCAAGAGAGGGAAGGUCUUCAUUGUAGGGGGAGCAAAUCCAAACCAAAGCUUCUCAGAUGUGCACACCAUGGAUUUGGGGACACAGCAGUGGUACACGGCCACCCGAGAAGGUCUCUUGCCUCGGUAUGAGCAUGCCAGCUUCGUUCCCUCCUGCACACCUCACAGCAUCUGGGUGUUUGGGGGUGCAGACCAGUCAGGAAAUCGAAAUUGUCUGCAAGUCUUGAAUCCUGAAACCAGGACUUGGACUACACCAGAAGUGAGCAGCCCCCCACCAUCCCCAAGAACAUUCCACACAUCAGCAGCAGCUAUUGGAAACCAGCUGUAUGUCUUUGGGGGAGGAGAGAGAGGUGCCCAGCCCGUGCAGGAUGUGACACUGCAUGUAUUUGACGCAAGCACUUUGACCUGGUCUCAACCAGAGACACACGGAAGUCCUCCAUCUCCCCGGCAUGGCCAUGUGAUGGUUGCAGCAGGGACAAAACUCUUCAUCCACGGAGGCUUGGCAGGGGACAAGUUCUUUGAUGAUCUCCAUUGCAUUGAUACAAGUAAUAUGAAAUGGCAGACGCUUAGUCCCACGGGGGCUGUUCCGUCAGGCUGUGCUGCCCACGCCGCCGUGGCUGUAGGAAAGCAUGUCUAUGUGUUUGGAGGGAUGACGCCCACUGGAGCACUGAACACAAUGUAUAAGUAUCACACAGAAAAGCAGCACUGGACCGCACUUCAGUUUGAUACUUUUCUGCCUCCUGGACGCCUGGACCACUCCAUGUGUGUCAUUCCAUGGCCAGUGAUGUCCACCUCCGAGAAUGAAGACUCAGAUUCUCUCAUCCUCAGCUGUGAAGCUGAGAAAGGGGGUGCUGAUGACAAACAAGUGACUCAGGGUGGCGGGUCACCUGAGGAAAGUCAGACUCACACGCUGCUCUGUUUCGUCUUUGGCGGGAUGAACACAGAAGGGGAGAUCUAUGGCGACUGCAUUGUCACUGUAGUUGACUGAUAAACCCCGUUUUUAUUACGUAUUAGUUUUUACAAAAGCAAAGGCUCUGAGUCAUGCUGCCAAACACUCUAACAGUGUAUUCUCUUAACCAAGAGGAUGGGACGGGACAGUGUGCACCUCUAGUUACAUGAGGGAAGUAGAGGCAGAAGGGUCACUCAGCUACACAGUAGAUUGGAGGCCAGCCUGGGCCACACAACAUGGAUGCUGUCUCCAAAAAGAAAGACUUUAAGAUGGCUCAGCAGAUAAAGGCAUUUACCCCUAAACAUGAUGACUUGAGUUCAAUCCCAGAAAACCACAUCAUGGAGAACCAACUCCUAGUUGUCCUCUGACUUCUACAUGCUGCUGUGACGGUGUUCACUCACAUACUGAGUGGGUGGAUGGGUGAGUGGAAGGAAGGAAGAAUGGGUGGAAGGAUGAAUG